ACGAACCCUGUGGUCCUUAGAGAGUUUGUCGGUGAGUUUUGCGGGUUGGUCUACGUGGUGAGGAGUGGGACUGUUCUGUCGUGCACCUAUCACCAUGGAUGAUUACCCGAUGUAUGGGUUGCUCGUGGGGUUCUCCCUUUGGGGGACCCUUUGGCGUUUCCCACUGGGAUUCUGGAACACAUUUUCGUGUAGGGUAGAGACACGUACAGGGAUGGGUACCACACCCUACACGGCCGAGCAGGAAGCCAAGGCUGCCGCCAUCCUGAAAGAGAGGAGAGAAAAGAAGGAGGCCAAGAAGAAGGCCUUACUGGAGGCACAGACGGCGAAGUUGAAGAAGAUAGAGGAGGAGAUGGCUAGAGAGAAGGAGAGGCUGAAGAAAGAAGAAGAAGCGAAGUUAAAGGAAGUGGAAGAGGAAGAAGAAGAAGAAGAAGUAGAAGAGGAGCCACUGGAGAGAGGAAGAAGAGGAAACAGAGGGGAGUCCAGUGAGUCAAAGGAAGACUUGAUGGAGAAGAAGAUUUCAGAGUGGGUUGCAGGAUUGACCCUGGGAGAGGAUGAGGAGGCGUUAAUGUAUGUGCCCAGGGACGAGCAGGAGGCGGUCGUGCAAGAAUGGGAAGCUGAAGAAGACCCACUCAAGCGGCAAGUGCUCAAAGAUAAGAAGAGGAUGGAGUGGAAGUUCCGCCUCACUAGGGAAAGGAAGAGAAGAAUGGAGGCGACAACAGAGGCGGCACAAGAGUUGGAAGAGAUUAGGAAGCAGAGGGAUCAGAUGGCGGUCCAAGUAGAUCUACUGGGGAAGGUUGAGAUCCUGGGCAAGAACGUGGAAGGCUUGGCAAAGGUCGAGGAGGAGCAACUUUUAUUUGGUAGAGGACAAGACAUUGUCGUGCGUUCGAUAUGAUCAGGACUUAGGGACUUCGCUCGAGAGUUGGCAAUGCAGGUGGGCUCGCAUGUGACAGCCCGCCUCG